AUGUGAAACCUCUCCUGUUGUUUCGUCUAUAAAACCCUCCACCUGAUUUUGGCCACUGCAAAACACCCUCUCUGUCUCUCUCUCCGGAAAAUCGACAUUGAAAGCUAAGAACACUCUCAGACCUCAUCAAUAUCUCUCAAUCGUUUCUCUAAUUCCGGAUUUAAGAAGUGUUAACUAGAACAAACUGUGGGUUAAGAACGAUGGCCUUUGAUCAGUAUGUUGCCCAAGAGUGGAAAUCCAUCUCCGCUGCAGCAUCAGAGUCCGAAAAUAUAUCCGGCUGCUUCGAAUGUAGCAUCUGCCUAGACUUUGCACGUGACCCCGUGGUUACCCUAUGUGGUCACCUCUACUGUUGGCCUUGCAUCUAUAAAUGGUUCCAUUUCCAGAACACUUCUCUUGAUUCAGACGAACAGCCACAAUGCCCGGUCUGCAAAGCCAAAAUAUCCAACACCACGGUGGUACCCCUCUAUGGCCGUGGUCAUAUUCCAAAUGAAUCUGAGCUUGAAGGCAAACCACAAUCUCUUGGUUUGGCCAUACCACCAAGGCCACCUGCUUGUGGUACUCAAGCUCAAAUUACUACAUCACAACGUAGUCAGCCGAUACAAUAUCAUAAUCCUUAUCAAAAUCAACAAUAUGAUGAAGAUUCAUCACCGCCAUCUUUUAGCCUUAGCGGGAGUACAGCGAUGAGUGUUUCUCAACCGGUGGUUGGGAUGUUUGGGGAAAUGGUUUAUGCCAGGGUGUUUGGGAACUCGGAGAGUUUGUAUGCGUAUCCGAACUCCUACCACCUAACGGGGAGUAGCAGCCCUAGGUUGAGAAGGCAGGAGAUGAAAGCUGACAAGUCUCUAAACAGAGUUUCAAUUUUCCUCUUCUGUUGCUUUCUUCUAUGUCUUCUUCUCUUUUGAUCAUUGUUUAGACUUCUUCUUCUAUCUCUACUCCUAUUUUGUACAGUUUGUAGAAAUUUGCAAUGCUAGCUUACGAAACAAUGCAUGGAUAGAUGUGUGAUGGGUUGGAUGUAUGAGAUACUAAAAAUUUUGCCCAGUCUUUGAACAAACAUUGUGUGAUUGGAGAAGGAUGCUCAAUCAUCUACGAAGACAAAAUCGAUCACAAAUUAGAUACAAUAUACAUAUAUAGACAAUAUUUUACAA